CACCUGCUGAACUCACCAGCGGGGUACAACAUUCUCUCAUCAAACGCGGCCGCCACACCAACCCACCGCCACACUAGCCCACCGCCACACUGGCCCACCCCUGAAGACUCACCACUCCACUACAUCACCACUACACACCAACUGCUUGCUUCAAACCUGCCACAAUCACAUAUACGCUCCCCAGCAUACCUGUCGAAGCGCGCGACUCCUGCGUAUGUAUAUAUCUAUAUAUAUAUAUAUACCUCCCGCCAGUGAAUUCCUUUCGUUGGGCACGACUCUAGCGUAUAUAAGCGUACAUAUCUCCUGCCAGUAAAUCGACAGAAAAAGUGCUCGACAACGGAAGAAGGAAGGCAAGAAGGAAGGAAAGUGCGUGUGCGUGUGCGUGUGUGUGUGUGUGUGUGUGUGUGUGUGUGUGUGUGUGUGUGUGUGUGUGUGUGUGUGUUUGUGUGUGUGUGUGGAAGCUUUGAGUCAACGCAAGUCUCAACGCCCCCAGACGCCCGUGAGCUGAAAAAUUUAGACGUAUCGAGUGAGAUCGAUCGACAUGGGUUACGUCGCCGGGGGUCAAGUGAUGACUGGCCUACUGCUACACUGGUGACAGUGGUGGACGCCGGGUACCAUUGCAGUGGUGAGGGGGAGGUGAUGGUGAAGAAAAUCCGCGGUGGACACUAAUUCCAGUGGUGUAGGGGCGAAGCACUGGUGAACUGGAGUGCUUUAAUUGACCAGUAGAAGGCAAGUAGUGUGGCUGGCGUUCAGUGUGUGAGGAAUACGCAACAGGUAAGGCAGAAGCGUAAUUAACGCACCUUACCUAGACAGUGAUGUCUCCAGUUAUCGAGACACGUCAGGAAAAAGAGCAGUAAACAUCGUCGCGCCAGUGACGUUUAGUGAAAGCACUGACGUGCAGUGGAAGCAGUGAAUUUCGUGGAAGCACUGACGUGCCGUGGAAGCAGUGUGACAUGCCGUGAAAACAGUGAACUUAUGCAUGUGUACAAAACUUAGCAGUAAGAUUAAGCGUGCUACGGACUCUGAAAAAACGCUGGGACGAUAAUUUAAGCGCGAGGAAGGUGCUCACACGCGAAAGAACACGAGCGCAGCGCGUAAAUAUCGCGCCUACGGAAUAUAUACCAGUCCUUAGAGAACACUGGCCACACACACACACACACACACACACACACACACACACACACACACACACACACAUACACACACACACACACACACACACACACACACACACACACACACACACACACAUACUGUGAGCACACAGAGGCGAUCCUCAACACCAUAGUCAUGCCAAACUCGGCUCUAAGAAGAAGCCGGGUCGUGGACAGGUCGUUACGAUAGUGCCACUGAGUCGUUGGCACUACCAUGGCAGCCAACACCUGUCGUUUCCCCGUGGUCGUUACGCUAAUCACUGCCUCCGUCUCCAUAUCGCUGCAUGCGCUAGGUCAUGAAGGGGUACAGGUCCACCUCCCACCCGGGUAUCCCAAAAAGUACCACAAGAUGCCCACCUUCCAAGACAGCUACGCCUCCCUCUACCCGGGGUACCCUUCCAGCUGGGAGGAGACAGUACCACAGUACCCACAGCAUCACCCAGAGUACCUGGCCUCGGACCACAACUACCACAGCAGCGCCUACCACAGGGAACACACCUUCAGUAGUCUGCACAGCGGCCGCUCUUCCGGGAACGCCAUCGGCUAUCCCUUGGAUGAUAUCUCGAAUAUCCGAUACCCGGAGAACCCGGUGGUCGGUUAUCCGAAUUACGGAUACCCGGUGAUGGGUUCGUCGCCCAACGAUGUAGUGAACCGGACGUUCGUACCGCCGUGGGACGCCAGUAUCUGGGACCAGCCGUUGGAUCCCGACGUGUGUCGCACCCUGGCUGGACUCAGUCGUCCCCAGCUACACAUCUGUACACGUUCGACGGACACCGUGGGAGCCGCGGCCAUCGGCCUCAACAUGGCAGUGAGGGAGUGUCUUCGGCAGUUCGCCAACCACCGAUGGAACUGCACCGCCCUCAACACUCUGGCCAACAACCCUCACACCGCUCCCAUCAUGGCCAGAGGAUACAGUGAGAGUGCCUUUGGUCACGCCAUUACUGCUGCGGGUGUUACACACAGUAUUGCCAGAGCAUGUGCAGCGGGACGUCUUCACAACUGUUCCUGUGGUCUGGUGCAGGGGAAGCAGGCGUGGAAGUGGAGUGGUUGCCACGACAACACCAGGUUCGGUGCACGCUUCUCCAGGAGGUUCCUUGACGUCAGGGAGAGAGCCAAGGACAUGAUAUCCUUCACUCACCUCUACAACAGUGAGGUCGGCAGGAAGCUGGUGAGACGGAACAGGGAGGUAAGAUGUAAGUGUCACGGCAUGUCGGGUUCCUGCGAGGUGAGGACCUGUUGGAAAGCUGCACCUGAUUUCCGUAGGGUCGGUGACAUGCUCAAAGAGAAGUACGACAACGCCAAGUCGGCCGACGUUGAAGUGUUCGGAAACUCAGCGAACACCGCCCGAAAAUACCGACCUGUUCGGAGAGAAAUCAGUCCUGGCUCGCCACUGUUGUAUGUGGAGAAGUCACCGACAUUCUGCGAGGUAGACGGCCGUCUCGACCUGAUGGGGACUCGGGGACGCCACUGUAAUAGGACCUCCACGGGUCCAGACUCCUGCGACACUCUCUGCUGCGGCAGGGGCUACGACCAGAGACGGGAGGUCAUCACCAAGAAGUGUAACUGCCGCUUCAAGUGGUGCUGCCAGGUCACCUGCCACGACUGCUCCGAGGAGAAGUGGAUUGCAGUGUGCAAGUGAGGUCGCCCAAGCUUGUUUGUUGCACACACACACACUCAGGACGACUUCAUAUGUGAAGUUCACGACGGUGCUCCCACAGGGGUCUUCUAUAUAGUGCCCAUAAAUGCGGUUUUUUUACGCGAAAUGACGAUUUUUUGACAGCUCACAGCCAAGUGAGCACUCAAACGAAUUAUUAUAUACAAUUUUUUGUACAUGUCAUUUGAUAUUGCCUGUGUUAUAUACAAAUUAACAAAAUUGAUAAAGAUUGGAUCAGACUCAAAAGUGAAACAGUGUUAUUUAAAGAUAACUAGAGACUGGCAACGACUGGUUCGAUGUGUAAUCCACAUAGAGGCGACGUUUAUCCUAGUAACAGUACAUCAUGCGCGACUGAAAAUUCACAGUAGAACUAUUAAAGAGCAUCAACAGGUACCUGCUGUUUUUUUUUUUGUUAUAAUUUACAGCUGAAAAAAGUAAUACUAGACUGUUAUGAAUGUGAUUAACAUCACAUUAACAGAUGAGUUAUAUCUGCAAACGAAUUGAUUUGUCAUUAUAAGAUCACAUAUAACUAAACUGAAGGACUGCACUGCUGAGUAUACUUGAAACAUCAAGUGUAAGAGUGACUUUCUAAAAUUAUGACUAUAUACGUAAUAUUUCAUUCAGUCAGGCUUUGAAAAACUAAUACACUAGAUAAAAAUUAUUUAGAAAGAGACUUUCACCUACCGAUAAGCUCCACCACACGAAGUACCAGUUACAUUUGUGCAUAUAUUAUGUAUAUAUUCACAAGAAAUCAUAUCUGUGUAUACCCUUGAAAAAUACGAAAUGUCUCUUAUUCUCCCUUUCGUUCUGCAUCCUGAAAGAUAUUUUAUGUACAAACGUAUUUUUUCAGUUUUAUUUAUUGUACCAUAGGAUUAUUUUAAGUGG